AUGUAUGUACAGGAUGGCAGGGCCUGGGGUCCCAAGUUCCAACACCGCCCGAGGAGGGAACCUAAGAAAGGCUGUGAUGUGGGAGCGGCGUCGAGGGGGAUCGCUAACUCUCUGUGUCCACAUGAGCCCAGACUCGAUGGACUGCUUUGUCUCGGCUCCUAUACCGCCGCCAUAAUUACUACCACCUUAGUCAAUGAGUAUCAGGGGUGCAAGCAUAGCAACGCGGAGCAUGGUAUCUUGGAAGAGGACGCAGAACCAGAAACACUCACCUCAAGAUGCUUUACCUGCCGGAGGUGUAUGGAACACAUGGGAGUCCUUCGCAGUUCGAUGCAGUGUGGCAGGUGGCAGGGUAGCAGGGGAGAUGCAUCUACCUACAUUGUGGAUGGCACUGCAAACCCGAUGUGGGGCCCAGAGCCUCCAACCCCCCGGACCCCGGCACCCCGGCCACCCCGGCCACCCCCUCACUGGACUCCUCGAGCGACAAGCGGCGACCAGGAGCCCUCAUGUCUCCAGCAAACCAUCACCCACCUUAUCAGGCAGCCGUUUUCUGGCCCUGGUGCAGUGAAACAUUUCACUCAGGCCAUCGAUCCCUUGCCCCGGUCAUCUGCGGAUAAACGAACGUGGACCAACACGGCAAAAGCGCUCUUUUCACGGCUGCCUGCGUACCCAGGUAAUUAUAGCAGGCCGAAUCAGCUCGUGUAUCCUCAAGUACCAACGGGUCAGGUCCAGGCCACCACAGCUGAACCUCAGCCGCCGGGUCUUAGACAUACACAGUACCACAAGAGGGCUGACCGUCGUGUACCUUCUGCGCCGACGACAGUCGUGACGGGAGUCCAUGUCCACUUGUCUACAAACGCUCUAGUCACCCCGGCGGCAAACUUGCACCCGUCGCGUGAUCUGCUGGACAUCUAUGAUGUUGCCACACUUGACAACAUUGUAUGUAGACUCUUCUGCAUGCCCAAAGCCAUUGAAUUUCAUCGCCAAUGA